AUGGUCAACGCUAAUCCAGACCUCUGUGCAAACUUAGACAACGCUGGCAGUCAAGUGGUGUGCGACAAUGUUCAGUCUAAGCCUGAAUGUGCUCUUCGGUUGGCGAGAGGUGAUGCUGAUUUUGGAGUUUUUACUGAGGAGGAAACAAUGCUACUAGCUCACCAAAUACCACACGAAACUCACGUGGUGGCGUCUAUCCGGGACCGCACAAGACAAGAUACGUACGCCUUUGAAGCAGUAGCCAUAGUCCCAGCUACUCACACUGGUGGCUUUGAAGGCCUCCGCGGUGGUAAAUACUGCCAUCCAGGCUUCGAUCAAGCUGAGCGGUGGUCGCCACGCGUGCUGAAGACUUUGGAAAAGCUGGUUGCUCGCACUGACCGUUGCCCAGACGCUGAUACGAGUGGAAAGACGGCCGAAGAAAUAGAAGUCGAUACUUUAAGCAAAUUCUUCACCAGCGCCUGCCGCCCUGGACCCUGGAGCGCGAAUUUGACUAUUGAUGCUGAACUCAAAAACCGUUAUUCUUCUCUAUGUACGCUCUGUGGUGAGAACAACCUCUGCAAAAAUUACACAAUCAAAUACGGACCCGUCAUCGAAAAUAUGGACAUUAACAACAGACAUAUCCAAGCUUUGGAGUGUCUCAGAGAGAACGAUGCCAGCACUGUUGCAUUUGUAGCUUGGCAACACGUUCGGACAUACUUUCGUGUCCGCAAACCCCAACUGGUAACAUCGUUUGCUGCACUCUGUGAAGAUGGCUCCAUAAGGAUUCUAUCUCACGAAGCUUUAGGCGCAGUUACAGCUCCUUGCUCAUUUGUCAAACAACCCUGGAGCACUAUCGUUGCAACCAGCAUAGGAAGCAUAUUGAAAAAUAAACUUCAACUGAAGCCCUACAAAUUACAAAAAGUGCAAGACCUAACACUUGCACAAAAGGCAACUCGUCUAGAAAGAGCUAAGAACAAGCACUUGCACGUUGGUGGCAUGCUUGAAAAUUUGGUAUUGUCCGAUGAAAAAAAUUUUACGGUUCAGCAAUAUGUGAACAAACAAAAUGAUCGCGUAUGGUUAAAGUUUCGUAGCUUGCCAACUAUCGACUCCGCAGCUUCCUGCAUCCCUGCCCGUCGUUGGUGUACCAUCUCUACUCAAGAACACGCAAAAUGCGACUGGAUUCGCGGAGCGGCUUAUACGCUCGGCAUUGAACCUACUAUUUCCUGUCAACUAAAAAACAACAUGGUCGAUUGUUUAGCUGAUAUCCGAGACAAUUCUGGUGAUUUCGUGGUGUCUCAAGCUAAUUAUGGAUAUUUGGGUAGACAACACUACAGGCUUUCACCAGUGAAGUUGGUGGAGAGCUCCCGCAGCUCACCGUCAUCCUUCACAAGAGUUGUUGCGUUGUUGAAAAACACCUCAAACAUCACCCGCUUUGAGAACCUACGCGGAAGAAAGGCUUGCUUCCCCGAAUUCGGUGGACUGUCGUACGUGGCGUUCCUAAGAGUGGCACAUGAGCGUUCCGUUAUCAGCAGUUCAGAGUGUGACUACGCGCGCGCUGUCGGAGAGUUCUUCGAUAGUGCCUGUGCCCCCGGUGCGCUUGACAACUCACACUCACUUGCGGAAAGCACAUACAACGCAACUAAUUUGUGCACUGUUUGUAAGCCAACUGUACCCAUACCAAGCGGUGAUGACUUUAUCUGUUCAUAUGACGAUAAUAACAAGUAUUAUGGAAAAGUUGGAAGCUUACACUGUCUCGCUGACCCGAACGCUGACAUCGCUUUCGUAGAACUUUAUAACAUUGAAGCCAACCUCCAAGCCGCUGGUCUCCACCCGUCUCAAGUCCGCAUGCUCUGCCGCGACAACAUCGUCGCCCUUUCGACUGGAGUAAAUCUCGAUCAGAACUGCCUGCUCGCCUUCGUAGUGGACUCCGAAAUUCUUGCUAGACGUAAUGAUCCUCUCGCGAAAAGCUUAAACGUCUUGCUGGACACCCUAGACUCACACUUCGGCUACGUCUCCAAUUUCCGCCUGAUUGACCUAAGAAUGUACUCAUCAUUCGACGGGGUCAGCGAUUUGUUGUUUAGGGACACAGCGAUUGGUGUCUCGGAGCCCACUAACGCGAUGAAUGAACCGACGAAGAAUUAUAACGAGCUGUUCCAACAUCUGGAAUCCUGUACGGAGUCAGCUUUACCCAUCCCGGGCCUGGCGACGAAGAACUUCAUCUCCAUAGUCACCCUGAUUGUAAUGUCGAUUAUGACACGUAUACUUAUGUUUUAA